CUCCUUCAGGUCCUACUCUAGGUCCCGCCAUUUUGACCGUCCAACCUUCUCGACGUGCGCCCGACACCGUCUAGCUAAACGCUGUUAGAAGGCUUCCGCACAACUUCGCUCCAUCAUACCGGUUAACGAGAGAUUUCCAUAUCCGACAGUUUAUUAUAUACCGUUACAGCUGCCUUGUAGACCACCAAAAGUACAACUGUCAAGAUGUCGGGCGAGGCGUGGUUAUACCUCUUCGCCGUGCUAAUAAAUGCCGUCAACCUAUUCCUUCAAGUAUUCUUUACGAUUAUGUAUAGUGAUUUAGAAUGUGACUACAUUAACCCUAUCGACCUAUGCAACCGUCUCAACACCUAUAUCAUCCCCGAAGCUGCCGUACAUGGAUUCUUGACUUUCCUAUUUCUGAUCAACGGAUACUGGGUGGCACUGAUCCUCAACUUGCCGCUCCUCGCAUGGAACAUUAAGAAGAUUGUGGACAACGCUCACCUGCUGGAUGCAACCGAGAUCUUCAGGAAGCUCAAUGUUCACAAGAAGGAAUCAUUCAUCAAGCUGGGCUUCCAUCUGGUCAUGUUCUUCUUCUACCUGUACAGCAUGAUCGUUGCCUUGAUCAAGGACGAGACGAAAUAAGCUGCGAGACUUUGGGAUAAGCACAAUGAUAAACACGACGCAAACGAA